AUGAUCAUAUGCCGACGUCGAUGGGCCAUCUUCGCUCAGCUCGCCACAGCCGCCACGACAAAUGCUCUACAAAUCAUCUCGCCGCCACAGUCCAAGACCACGCCAAACAUACUCCCCCCUCCCAUCAUCCGUUUCCCAUCCCUCUUGCGCCCCUCCCACCCCGUAUCAUCAUCUCCCUUCUCUCCAACCCCGAGCGCUCCGUCCCGUGUCUACCCUACCUACUUUCCUUCCGCUCCAUGCCCGGCCCCCGAAGGCCGCAGAGUUCAAACCCGCCCCCCUUUUAAAGACGAGUCCUCGGACCUCGUCGCAGACCGACCCGGCCUGCGAUCCUUCCCCCUUCCGACCACGAACCCCCCAUGCCGUGCCAUGUCUUUUGAGGCAGAAGCGGUCGUCCUUUGCCCGGUUCCUCCGGGUAUUACCUCAGCUUCGCUUCCGCAACCUGACGGAAGACAUCUUGCUGUGUGGGGGGUUCUGGCCCGUGGCGGUUGUGUUGACCACGACACCGAACGCCGAGACGCCGCACAUGGCGGAAUGAGUGCCGUGAAGGCCCAAACAUCCAGCCAUUCCUGA